AUGAGCUGCCUCACCUGGACACUUUUUAUCUUAUGGUCAUUUGAAUUAGGCAAUUGGUUAUAUUUUGAAAACUCAGUACAAUUCUUGGAGAGUUGUCUGGGGUGGGUGUUAGUUCAGGGGGUUGUGGGAGGACUCUGGCGUCCGGGAUGGAGGCGCGUAGCUUUCUGUGGCUGGCGCUGGAUCCACCCUGGGUCUCCAACUAGGGCUGCAGAGAGGGUAGAGCCGUUUCUUAGGCCAGAGUGCAGUGGGACAGGAGGUGCCGGGAGAGGACUGAGGUGGCUUGGGACAUGGAAGCGCUGCAGCCUUCGAGCCCGGCGUCCAGCAUUGCAGCCGCCGCGGUGGCAUAAGAGCUCGAACCCUUUCACACGCGCGCAGAAGGAGGAGUGGCGGCGGCGGAACAAGACGACCCUCACUUACGUGGCCGCUGUCGUCGUGGGCAUGCUUGGGGCGUCCUACGCUGCCGUACCCCUUUAUCGGCUCUAUUGCCAGACUACUGGACUUGGAGGAUCAGCCCUUGCAGGUCAUGCCUCAGACAAGAUUGAAAACAUGGUGCCUGUUAAAGAUCGAAUCAUUAAAAUUAGCUUUAAUGCAGAUGUGCAUGCAAGUCUCCAGUGGAACUUUAGACCUCAGCAAACAGAAAUAUAUGUGGUGCCAGGAGAGACUGCACUGGCAUUUUACAGAGCUAAGAAUCCUACUGACAAACCAGUAAUUGGAAUUUCUACAUACAAUAUUGUUCCAUUUGAAGCUGGACAGUAUUUCAAUAAAAUACAGUGCUUCUGUUUUGAAGAACAAAGGCUUAAUCCCCAAGAGGAAGUAGAUAUGCCAGUGUUUUUCUACAUUGAUCCUGAAUUUGCUGAAGAUCCAAGAAUGAUUAAAGUUGAUCUUAUCACUCUUUCUUACACUUUUUUUGAAGCAAAGGAAGGGCACAAGUUGCCAGUUCCAGGAUAUAAUUGAAGUCAGCAACUAAGUCUUCCUUCAAAGUUGUGAUUUUUGGGAAAAUCGUAUAUCCUAUCUUCUCAAAGGAGAAAUAUUGUACAAUAAUAUGAAGGCCUAUAUUUUAAUUAUUUUUUCUCAACUAAUGUAUUUCACUUAAAGUUGAGAGAACAAGUUCAGCUUUUAUCAUAAGAAACCCACAUGCCUAGCUAGAAUAUAUGACUGACUAUUCAAUACCAUACUGAAGAGUUUGAUAGUAUUAAAAUAAGCCUCUUUGUUUUUUAAAUAUGCAGAGGCAUGGGUUCAGCUUAAUUCUAUAAUUCCCUUCCAGAUUAUUAACUCUUCAUACUUACAGCAAUGAAUCUGACAAUGUUUUUCAAAAAUGUACGCUCAAGGUUAUUUGUUUCAAGUCAUAGGCUAGAACUUCUGACCAUGUUUAUUGUGUCUAAAAGAGUUGGUUGCUAUUUUCCUUCAUUAUGAAUAGUCAGUAUUUUAAAAGCUCAAAGUAGAAGAGGAGUCACUAAGCCCUAACAGCUUGUCCAAAGAUUUAAAUUCUUAUUUCAAAUUUGAUUUGUCCUUUAAUGUUUUAUAUUCAGAGUUCUGAAUAAUUACUUUGAAAUUGUAGUAUCAUAAAAUUGAAAUAAAAUACAUCUACUAGGCUGUUAGCCAAAGCAUCAUCAUUACAAGUCCAUGAAUGUUAAAAUGUACAGGUGGGAUUGUGAAGAUUUACUGACAUCAAAAGUUCUUCUGGAAACAAACAUUUGUUAAAAAAAAAAAAGUAUUAAAUUAUUUUAAUAGUGAUUUAUUUGUCAUCAAAUGUACAACUUAUUCUAAAUAUUUUCAUUUUCUGUGUUCUAAAUAGAAAUAUUAAGUUGCAGUAAAAAGAGAAAAAAAGUCUAUUUAGCAUUACAAAGAAUCAUAUUUAAAGGCUGCCCAAUGUAGAGUCUAGUGACAUGUUCAGGACACCUGAAAUAUAAUUAAAUGACAAUUAUCAAAGUUUUAACAAUUUAUAAUUCUAAACCAGAGGAUUAUAAAGAAGUGCAAAUUGACUUUUACAUUCAACUUUAGUUAAAUGAAGGCACUCAGUAUUCUUCCUGAAUAAUACAUUCAGUUUCUCACAUUUUAUGCUUUCAUCUAUUCAGAAUUAUUUCGUAGUAAAAUAAUCUACUCUU